UAUCCAUGGCUGAGAAAAAAUUUAAGCUGAUGCUUCUUGUUGACAAUGAAGCUAAAAAGGUGGUAUUUGCUGAAGCUGGGAAAGAAAUUGCAGAUUUUCUCUUUUAUUUACUUUCUUUGCCUGUUGCCACUGUUGUAAGGCUCUUGGAGAAGAAAAGCAUGGUUGGCUGCUUAGGUAACCUUUACCAGAGCAUUAAAGGUCUGAGUGAAACAUAUAUGCAGCCAAACCAAGACAAGAAUUCUCUACUAAAUCCAAAGUCUCCAAUUUCUUCUACUGAAAUACCCCUCUUGUUGCCCGAUCAUGAAUUUGAGAAACGGAAUGUUUACUUGUGCCCAUACUGCAGUUCAAAUGUGGCUGAUAAUCCAAAGAUUGUUUGUCCAAGUUGCACCAGGCAAAUGACCAGCGAGGUUCCUUAUUUAACAGCUAGUCGUAACUCCGUUGGGACAAGUACGACGGCCGUGGCUGAGGGGGGUUUCGUUAAAGGGGUGGUGACAUACAUGGUGUCGGAUAACUUGGAGUUGAAGCCGAUGUCUACAACAAGUGUCAUCAACUUGCUGAAUAAGUCUAAUGUUAAGGAUUUGUGUUCACUUGAAGAGAAGGUUGUUGAUUUUGGUAUUCAAGAGAGUUUGAUGUUGCUGAAGGCAUCUUUGGAAUGCAAGAAUGUGUUGACAAGGGUUUUCUUUGGAAAAAUUCAAGUAAAGGGUAAAAAAUUAGGGUUGGAUUCGAGCCGAGCCGAGCUCAAACUCGGUUCGGUUCAUAUAUGGCCGGUUUGAGUUCAGCUAAGGCCGGCUCAUUUCGGGCUCGAGUUCGGCUCAAUUCGGUUCGUUUUUCGUUAUCAAAACGACAUCGUUUUUAAUAUAUAUUGAUCAAAACGACGUUAUUUUGUAUAAACAAAUUUUAGAAAAAUCUACCGAGCCAACUCGAGCCAGCUCAAGCUUGGCCAAGCCCGACUCGUUUCGGGCUCAACCGAGCUCUCGAGUCCAGUCCUAUAAAAAAUAAGCUCUACUUUGUCUCGCAAAAAGAAUCAAGUUUAAAAAAUUGUACUAUACUAAAAUUGAUUAAUUUAUAUGAUAUAUAUAAAUUGUACAAAUGUAAAUUAAA